GAUAUUUGAGUUUGUUUGGUGGGUUGAAAUGGUUCCCCUGAGUGCUUUUACCGCAGCAGAAAUCAAUAGCGACUGCCUGUCACCCUCUCAGCUCGGCGACCGUUCUUCAAACCGCUAUGAUCAUCUUCAUCACUGAAUCAUGUCAGCUUUCCCUCUCUGGUUCCUCUCGCCUUUCCCGCGCCGUGCGGCUGAGAUGUAAAUCAAUAGCAACUUUGAUUUCACACCAUCUGAAGAACAAACUCACAACGGCAUCCACGUUUGAAGUUUGUGAGAAGCUUGGGAUUUCAGUAGCAAAUCAUUUUGUGGAUUUAAAGUUUCUCACCAAAGAGCAACCAAAGCCAGACCUACAAUCCACUACACCAGCACCAGCUGUGGUCUUCACAAAUGUGCCCACAUCCAGUCAAAGACACUCUGAAAUAAACUGGACUUUUCAACUCAAAAUGCGAGCACAUGAGAAUCUGGUGAAGCAGAGAUGUAAUGAAUCUGAGUGUCAUGAUCCAGAGGAAGGGAUACCAGUGGUGGUGGUUACCCAACCAGAUAAGAUCUCACAUGAGGCAGAGGACACCCUGUUAUCCGUGAAGCAUCACGACAUGGUGCCCUAUGAUGUUGGUCCAAGCGAUGGCACAGAGCUCAACAACAGUGAUCUGCAGUCUCUGAAGAGUGACACUGUGUCUCUGCUCUCAGCCAAAACUGAUCUGCAAGUGCAGAGAUAUAAUGUGACAGCUGUGCCUCACAAGUGUGUGAGUGAUGAACAAGAAGGACCUGAGGAAGACACUCGGAGCGUCACAGCAUCUUCUGUGAUGUCACUGUUCAAUCGGAUACAGAUGGACCCCAUGGAGAAGGAGUGGUUGAGAUGUGCGGCUCUGGGAAAGGCUCCCGCCCUGCACAUUCUCCUGCAGCAAGACAACACACUUGUCUCUAGAAAGACGGCGCUCCACUGGGCGGCCAAGCAGGGCUGCGAGGAGAUGGCGGACAUGAUGGCGCGCUCUGGAGCGGACGUCAACCAGAGAGCGGGUUACACACCUCUUCAUCUCGCCUCUCUACAUGGACAUGGCAACAUCAUCCAACUCCUCAUCAAUAACUACAAUGCCAAAGUCAAUAUCAGGGACUAUCAUGGGAAGAUGGCAGCUCAUUACUGGAACGGAACCAUGGAUAUUUUUUACAAAUAUGGAUCUCAUUCUGUAGGCAGAUGGUCAGGCGGGAGGCGUGUCCAGUAUUACGCUCAAUUGUCUGCCUUUCUGUCUCGGAGUCACGGGAACAUCAAUGUGGAGAUGUCUGCUCAUAGUCCUCUCACCCGCAAGAGCCACACACCUACUCCCUGAUAUAAACAGAUACCAAACUGUGCUGUAGGUUAAAAUUGUACAAAUAUGAGUGAAAAACUAAUGUAACAGCUACAGAACAAUGCUCAAUUUUUUUAAAUUGAUUGAAUUCAAUUGAAUGGUUUAAAAGGAAUCCAU